AUGGCACAGAUGGUCAUGGUUGCAGCAUCCAUCCAUGGGCCUGUCACUAGGUGGACGGGCGGUCAAGUCCAGGAUCAAGAUCCCGGGGUGCGUGCCUUCGCUUCAGAGGCCUUGGCCAACAUGGGCCCCGCAGCAGGUGAUGGUGUGCUGCAGCUGCAUGAAGCAUGGCCGGAUGCAGAGGCUGAUGCCGUGCCACAGCUGCUGGAAGCGUUCAGGCAUGAUAAUGCCCGGGUGCGAACCGCUGCUUGGCGGGCCUUGCACAAAAUUCUUCCUGCAGCAGCUGAUGCCCUGCCGCAGCUGCUUGAAGCCUUGAAGGAUAAGAAUGCCAGGGUUCGAGCUGCUGCUAUGGGGGCCAUCGCCAAACUUGGUCCUGCGGCAGCUGAUGCUCUUCCGCAUCUGCUCCAAUCGCACAAGGACCAGGAUGCCUGGGUGCGACAUUUUGCUUCCGUGGCGAUGGCCAAAAUUCCGUUUACAGCAGACGCCGUGCCGCAGCUGCUCCAAGCACUCAAGGAUGAAGAUGCCAGGGUGCGCGCCCUUGCUUCAAAGCUCUUGCACAAGAUUGGUGGUCCUUCAGCAGCUGAUUCUUUAAAGCAGCUGUUCAAAGAAGCCCUCAAUGAUGAAGACGCGAGGGUGCGUGCCUUUGCUUCAGAGGCCUUGGGCAACAUAGGUCCUGCAGCAGCUGAUGGUGUGCACCAAUUGCUUGAAAGGCUGUCAGAUGAAGAUGCCAGGGUGCGAGCUGCUGCUGUGAGGGCCGUGGGCGAAAUUGGUCAUGCAACAGCUGAUGAUGUGCCGCAGUUGCUUAGGGCUCUCAAGGAUGAAGAUGCCACGGUGCGAGCCCUUGCAGCAGAGGCCUUGGGCAAGAUUGGCUUUGCAGCAGCUGAUGCCGUGCCGCAGCUGAUCCAAGCACUACUCAACGAUGAAGAUGUCUGGGUGCGACGUGCUGCUACAGAGAGCUUGCAUGAGAUUUCCUUUGAAAGACAUGGUGGCGUACCGCAGCUGCUCCAAGCGCUCAAGGAUGAAGAUGCCGAGGUGCAAGCCAUUGCUUCAGAGCUCUUGCACCUGAUUGGUGGUCCUUCAGCAGCUGAUUCUUUCAAGCAGGUGUUCAAACGAGCCCUCAAUGAUGAAGAUGUGAGGAUGCGUGCCUUUGCUUCAGAGGCCUUGGGCAACAUAGGUCCUGCAGCAGCUGAUAGCGUGCCUCAGUUACUUGAAACGUUGUCGGAUGAAGAUGCCGGGGUGCGAGCCGCUGCUCUGAGGGCCUUGGGCGAGAUUGGUCUCGCAGAAGCUGAUGCUGUGCCGCAGCUGCUCAAGGCGCUCAAGGAUGAAGAUGCCACGGUGCGAGCCCUUGCAGCAGAGGCCUUGGGCAAGAUUGGCUCUGCAGCAGCUGAUGCCGUGCCGCAGUUGCUUGAAGCGCUGUCGGAUGAAGAUGCCAGGGUUCAGGCCAGGGCUUUGAAGGCCUUGGGCGAGAUUGGUCCUGCAGCAGCUGAUGCUUUGCCUGCAGCAGCUGAUGCUGUGCCGUUGCUUAUCAUGGCGCUCGAGGAUGGGCAUGCGUGCGGGCGAACCGCUGCUUCAGAGAUCUUAGUCAAGAUAUGUCCUGCAGCUGCUGACGUUAUGCCGCGGCUGAUCAUGGCGCUCAAGGAUGAAGAUGCAGAGGUGCAAGAUGUUCACGGCGGUGCUGUCCCCCUGCCUCAAGAGGAUGUGGUCGAUUUGCUUGCAGAGGUAGAUCCGCGGGACGAAGCCCACGACCUUCUUCUUCAGCUUGUCCUCUUCAAGCACUCGAAGGGUUGUGCCUCAAUCGACCCCAUCGUGGCAAAGGCAGUGGUGCACUCAAUUUGGUGCUGCCGGAGGAAGUAUGUGAUCAGGUCUGCAUUGACGGUUCUACCGGAAGUCAUGAAGAUGCUAAAGCUCAGCACCUUGCAGCAGCGCUGGCUUGUGCUACGUGUUCUGCAGAUGUGGCCGAAUGAGGCUUUGGAGUGCAAGCUGCGGCUGCCACUGGAACCAAAGUGGGGCGAUGAUUCUCUGUACCCAGCAGAUCCAGCCAUGAGUGAAGCGGGCUCCAACGAGCGGCCUGGACUUGCGCCCGCCGAGACUGAUGCAUCAUCACUGACUUACCUGUUGGACGAAUCCCUUGCGUGCAGUUCUGGGGAUGGGGUGCCAGCGGCAAUGUGCGCUUGUCCAUGGAGCCAAAGCAGCGUAGCGAGUGCUUAG